GAGCGCCUCGCCGGGAUGCAUUCUGUAUGCGGGAAGAGAAUCAGCUCUCUGAUGGAAAUACAUAAAAACACCGUCCUCCAACAGACUAACAGCAGCAGCAUGUGUGAAUCAACGCAAAGGUCCUGUGAGCCUCGGCGGAAGAGAACGGAUGAGCGCAGCGCUCCGUCAGAGAUGGCUCGGAUCAUUACCGACCCGGCCACGGGGAAGUGCUACUGCCGGGGGAAAGUUUUGGGAAAGGGAGGAUUUGCUAAAUGUUAUGAGAUGACAGACCUCUCCACCGGCAAAGUGUACGCGGCAAAGAUCAUCCCACAUGCACGCGUUUCCAAGCCUCACCAGCGGGAAAAGAUCGACCGAGAAAUUGAGCUGCAUCGAGUACUGCAUCAUAAAAAUGUUGUGCAUUUUUAUCACCAUUUUGAGGACAAAGAGAACAUCUACAUCUUGCUGGAAUACUGCAGUAGAAAAUCCCUAGCCCACAUUCUUAAGGCUCGCAAAGUGCUUACUGAGCCAGAAGUGCGGUAUUACCUGAGACAGAUUGUUUCUGGACUAAAGUACCUGCAUGAACAAGAGAUUCUUCACAGGGAUCUUAAAUUGGGAAACUUUUUUGUGAGCGAGUCGAUGGAAUUGAAGGUCGGAGACUUUGGUCUCGCUGCCAAGUUGGAGCCAGAGGGAAACAGGAGGAAGACAAUCUGCGGCACUCCGAACUACUUGUCCCCCGAGGUCCUCAACAAACAGGGUCAUGGCUGUGAAUCGGAUAUCUGGGCUUUGGGCUGUGUAAUGUACACUAUGCUGUUGGGACGACCUCCAUUUGAAACCACCAACCUGAAAGAGACCUAUCGAUGUAUUAGAGAGGCACGUUACUCGCUCCCUUCCUCGUUGUCACCACAGGCGAAGCAGCUCAUCACCAACCUGCUGGCCAAGAUUCCAGAGGAUAGACCCAAUUUGGACCAUAUUCUGAGGCACGACUUCUUCACCCAGGGCUUUAGUCCAGAACGUCUGCCGCCUAGCUGCUGUCAUUCGCCACCAGACUUCCACGUCUCUAGUCCUGCUAAGAGCUUCUUUAAGAAAGCUGCUGCGGCGCUGUUUGGGGGAAAGAGAGAUAAGGUCAAAUACUACGAGACCCUGAACAAGUUAACUAAGGAGGAGGAGGAGAUCUACAAACUGCAGCAUGACUUGGAGAGGACCGUCAUCAGUCAACAACAGAGCAAAAAGAUGUCUGAGAAUGGAAGUCUACUUCCGCCAUCUGCCGGGAGCCCCGUCGCCUUGGCAACAGAGAGUCAGUCACCAGCAACGCAAGACAUCAUUCGUCUAAUCGUCAGGGGGAGUCUGGGCAGCUGUAGCAGCAGCAGUGAAUGUCUGGAAGACAACACAACAGGGAGCAUGGCUGAGACUGUUGCCAGUGUGUUAAGAGGCUGUCUAGAGAACAUGCCUAAAUCAAAUGACACUCCUCAGACCUUAAACGGCUGCAGUCUUCAAUGGGUCACCAAAUGGGUGGACUACUCCAACAAGUACGGCUUCGGUUACCAGUUGUCUGAUAACACAGUUGGAGUUCUCUUUAACAACGGGACACACAUGAGCCUCCUGCCGGAUAGAAAGACCAUCCAUUACUAUGCAGAGUUAGGCCAGCGCUCUGUCUUUCCCACUUGCGAGGUUCCUGAGCACUUUGUGGGCCAAGUGACUGUGCUCAAGUACUUUUCCCACUACAUGGAGGAAAACCUCAUGGAUGGUGGGGACCUCGGUACUACAACAGAUGCACACAUGCCCAGACUCUACCUGCUGCAGUGGCUCAAGUCUGACCGUGCCCUCAUGAUGCUCUUUAACGACGGCACCUUCCAGGUCAACUUUUACCAUGAUCACACCAAGAUCAUCCUGUGCUGCCAGAGGGAUGAGUACAUGCUGACGUACAUCAAUGAAGAACGAGUCUCUAAAAGCUUCAGACUCAGCUCCCUGCUGACGUCUGGCUGCCCCAGUGACUUGAGCCAGCGUCUGGUGUACUCCCUCAAUAUGCUCCUGCAGAGAUGCAGCUAAACCCACAAAAAUCUGCUUUGGACUGGAAUAAUGAAAAAUUCACCCACUGUUACUGCAGUGCUGCAGAGGGAACAGGGACCCUGCGGGAGAACGGGCAGAUUUAGGCGUGAGCAUAAUAAAUUCUUGCAUUGUUGCACCAGCAUGACUCAGCGCCGGUGCAGGUGAAAGUAUUGCAGACAGAGACUGAAGGAGCCUGGGAAUAUGAAAUGUAGCACAAUGAAUGUUGAUGGGAACUAAAGGGCUGAUUUGUUCUGUUGGAAAAGAGAGAGAGCACCACAGAUGUUGGUACGAAUGUGAACCCCACGUGUUUUGGGCUGAGAAAUAAAGAAACGAGGGCUUUCGGGCAUGUAAUGAAACUAAUGCUGGGCUGGCACCAGCUAAGGUGUGUACAGAGCAGUUAGUUUGAUUCCAGAGGCAUAAAAUGACGCUCUAACUUUUAAUAGAGCUCGACUGCGAGAUACUGUAAAUGAUGUACAGUGGAUGUCCAAGCCAUCCCAGCAGUGGAAAGAAAUGACUUGUGUGGAAGUUGCGGGGUUUAAAUGAGUGAAUGUUCGUCUGAGUGGGAGGGGGUGUAAUAUCACACUAACUUUUAAAAACUGUGAUUUGUUUGUUGUUGUCUUUACUGAUAGAUGUGCUCAGGAAUCUGAGCUGGGGUGAUGUUUAAUGAUAUUACACCAGGUCUUUUAAGGAUCAUUCAAGAGCCAUUAUCACCUAGGUAACAGUGUUUUAAAUAACUUAUUGUGUAAGAAAAGUGCAGUAUUUAUUUAUUUAAUAAAUGAGAGUGUUUUCCUAAAAAAA